AUGUGUAUAUUUGUAGCAUGCGUUAUAAUAUAUAAUCUUUCGCACCUUAAGUGGGAAAAUCAUAGGAUUUUCAUCACAGCGAACAAGAAGCAAGCGACAACCACCGUCAAAAGGACGAUUCUAAUAACGAUGACGUCUCGGAUCAAAGGCGUGUUACUGCCGUUCAUAGAAUCACUACCGCUGCAUCGAAUAACCAAGACAGCACUGACAACAACUCUUGUAGGCAUACAAAGCGAUUACAAGUUCAAAGAAAUAGCCGUGCCGCUAACCGAAUCGCUACAGGUCUAUGAGAAGGCACAGAGGAGGCAAGAUCUGAGAACCAGUUUGAAGGCAUUGGAAAGUAUCAUCUUCCAAACGCACUUCCAAUGGAACAAUCCGCGUCCAAGACAUGCGCUCCUUUUUCAAAAGCACCAUUAUUUCCUACUAUCUCACUGGCCUUUUGAGAAUCACAGGUCUCUGGUAGAUUCCAUCUGUGCGCACAACGGGAAACUAAAUUCCAUGGCCUCUAAGGGCACCUGGCUGAAGGCGGACUGGACAACACUGUUCCAAGUGAAAAAUACCUGGGUCCAAACACCACCAGCAUCAACGUCGCCAGCCUAUCAUGGCGGGGCAAAUCUCGAUGCCUUCACCCCUGAGAGGACGUUUCUGGUCAACUCCCUUGGAAACCACUACAAGUUCUUAGUGGCAAACAGCCAUCUGAGCUACAAUCACAAGAAGUACCCUCCCCCUGCGGUGCAAAUCCCCAUCCGGAACGCCCUUGGCGAACUUUCCCUGUCCAAGCAGAUUGCCAAGCUCUUCUCAAGACAAUUGACACAAAUCUACACCAGUCUGUUCGUGGAAAAUCCACCCUUAUCAGCCGACAACGAGCUUGCAUUAAUGGCCGUCUUCCACGAUGACUCUCUGGACCGGCGCCAUAAGAGGCUCUACAUGCGUGCUUGUGCAAGAGCAUAUACGACCGUCAAUUCCGACUCUACCAUAGAGCCUUUGACGUUUCGUUGCACCCAAUGGAAUAACUAA